UUGAGAAUUUCUGCGGCCCGAAGAACCGCGACAUCAGAGAGUAAGCAGCGAUCAGGUGGUGGCCCUUCAUUCCGCCGGGACUCCAUCUACCAGACGCACAAAUCUUUUCACGCUAACCACCAUGGCUACUCGUGUAACCCUACUCAACGACGGUUGGUAUUGGAAGGAACGGAAUCCUGCCCGCGGCUCUGUACUGCAGGAGGUGCCGCGACUUCCGGGUGGUCUCCAGUCGGGAGUGCAGUGGACUGCAGCGCAGAGCUUUCCCUCUGAGGUCCAUGUGGAACUUCUGAAGGCUGGUCGCAUCCCUGAUCCUUUCCUUGGCUUCAAUGAACACAAAGUACAAUGGGUUGGCGAAAGAGAGUGGCUCUACUAUUGUAGCUUCCAAUGUGACUCCCGGGUGGAUGGCGCAGACAAUGUCCAAUUGCAGUUUGAAGGCUUAGAUACAAUCUGCGAUGUGUAUCUGAACCUUGUGAAGAUAUUAUCUGCAGACAACAUGUUCCGGACUUACGCGGUUCCAAUUGACUCGUGCUCUAUGAAGCCGAAGGACAACAAGCUGCUCCUUCACUUCAAAUCAACCAAAUUGAUUGCAAAGAAGUUAGAACAACAGUACGGACGCGUAAGAGCAGGCUCCACAAACUUAGGUGAUCCGAGUCGUGUGUAUGUUCGCAAGGCACAAUAUGGGUGGCGAUGGGACUGGGGACCGGAGCUCAUGACAUGCGGUCCAUACCGACCAAUCAGUCUAACUACGUAUACAGUGCGAAUCUCAGAGGUUCAUACGCGGGCUACUGUGUCGCAAGCUCCAGGCUUGCUUGCAGAUCGCAUACUCGGAGGAGACAACUUUGAACGGGGCAAUUUGAUUGAUUGGGACUUGGACGGUGUGGUACAGCUCUGGUGGCCCGUUGGGUACGGGAAACAGAGCUUGUACGCGUUGGAUAUAGCUCUGAUGUCUGAAGAUUCCAUCGUUCUCGACCAACACUCGAAGCUCAUCGGAUUCCGUCGAAUACAACUCGUACAAGAGCCCUUGUUAGAGCCAGAUCAGCACGGUGGAGGCACAACGUUCUUAUUUGAGGUCAACGGCAUCCGAAUGUUCAUGGGAGGGUCAAAUUGGAUCCCUGCGCACAACUUCUUGACAGAGGUCACGCCGGAGCGAUAUCGUGCCUGGCUGACACUUCUACGAGAUGGAAACCAGAACAUGGUCAGAUUGUGGGGCGGCGGUGUCUAUGAACCUGAUGUGUUUUACGACACCUGUGAUGAGUUGGGCAUUCUGGUCUGGCAAGACUUCCAGUUCGCUUGCGGUGUCUAUCCGGCAAACGAGAGGUUCGUUCAAAGUGUAAAGGCGGAGGCGGAGGACAACGUCAAGCGAUUGAGGCACCACCCAUCCUUGGCUCUAUUCUGCGGUAACAAUGAAGACUACCAGCAGAUUUUGCAAUGGGGAGGCAUUACGGAGCUCCCAGCUCGCGUCGUUUAUGAAAAGGUGCUACCAUCCAUUGUAGCUGAUCUCACCGAUCCCACUAUACCGUACCAUCCUGGAUCGCCCUAUGGCGGGAUGGGAUGGGAUACCGCCGACCCUACCGAGCGCCCUUGGCAAGAGUAUGGUAGCAUGGGUGGACGGUUUGUGAGUGAAUUUGGCAUCCCAGCGUUGCCAGACAUCCAAACGAUUGACUACUGGCUUGGCGGCAACACGAAAGAACGGUGGGCACAGUCGAAGCUCAUGUCGCAGCACAAUCGAGCAGGAAAUCAUGAGCGGCGGUUUGCCAUCGUGAUGAACGAGAACUUCCGGCUCACGAGCGAUCUUGAAACAUAUGUUUACAAUACGCAACUCAUGCAGAGCGAGGCCAUCAGCUUGGCCUAUAGGAUGUGGAGGCGAGAGUGGCGUGGCCAUUGGCAGACAUCUGGUGCUUUGGUGUGGCAGCUGAACGAUUGUUGGCCGAUUACCUCUUGGGCCAUAAUGGACUUUUUCCUCCGGCCGAAGAUGGCUUAUUACACGAUUGCCCGCGAGCUUGCUCCUAUCACAGUUGGGAUCACUCGUCAUGCGAAUCGCUUAUACACUUCAAAUGUACAGUUCUAUGAGUUCGGUGCAUUUCAGUCCAUUGAUGCAAGAAUCGAAGUCUGGGGAGCAAAUAGCCUGAUGGAACCUCGCACGUUGACUUUCGUACUCCAUUGCAUUGACCUCAACUCCGAUUGGGCAAACGAGCAACGUUUCUCGAUGACUCUCCUGCCAAAUCAAUCCACCGAGAUCCUGUCAAUUCCCUGUCCAAGCCCACCGAAAGUCAAUUCUGACUAUCCCUCAAUGAACACAUCCUUUUCCGUCGUCGUUGCUGCGCGCUUGGCUGACAUGCAGACCGGGGAAGUCGUUGCACGAUAUGCAGACUGGCCCCAGCCGUACCGCUUUGUCGAUGCUCCCGACCCUGGCCUCCGCGUCCACCUUGAUGGAGAACGAUUGAAAGUAUCAGUCACGAGGCCCGUUAAAGGGCUGUUCUUUUCCGCGACUGGCGGAGAUACGCAGCGUGAGGUCAAAUGGAGCGAUAAUGCGCUCGACGUCAUUCCUGGUGACCCACAGAUGGUCAUUGCGAGCGGGAUCAGUGGUAGGAAGAAACUAACGAUGGCACAUUUUGGUCAAGAGAUCGUGACAACAGUGUGA